AUGUAUGUGUUGACUUUUGCCUCAAACCCUGUUAGCCGGUUUCCCCGGUUUCAGCCGGUCACCCCUUUACAAAUAAGGGUUUUACCAUUAGAAACCCAUCUUCCAUCUCCUACUUCUACAUUCUCCGACUUCUCCUUCCACGCAUCUAACUUCUUCAUGGCUAGUUCAUCUACAGGGUCUACAGGGUCAAUGACUUUAGGAUUUCAAAAUGUUAAUGUCAAUUUCAGGAACAGAAACAACCCCAUGGUUUUGUGUUGUUGUGGUGUUGAGGCUAGCUUCUCAAUUUCAUGGACGGGCAAGAAUCCUGGAAGAAAAUUUAAGGGAUGCACCAACUACAAGAGCCAAAACCCUUUCACCACCACCGCCCUAUACGAAGCCUCCAGAAAUGCAACCCCGACUCCGUUAUCGUCUACUUCUUCCCAACGCCCAUUCAUAAGUCCUAAAUACAUUCCACCGCUUACUGCUUCGUCUUCUACCUCAAUCAAAUUGAGAGCCACCGGUGUCAUAGAAAGAGAAUCCUUCACCGUCAGUGUUAUCAAAAUCAGAGUCGUCGGUGUUGUAGAAAGAGAAUUCACCACCGCCAGGUCGCCACCUCUAAAGGUCACUGGAAAAGCACUUAUGGUCGAUAAAAUCAUCAAUUACGUUAUGUCGCUACAAGGUCAACUUGAGCAAUUUCAGUUUCAAGCACCAUCCCAGCUAAUUCUUGGGACUCAUUUUUUGUCUGCUGACCCUCCUCCACUUUUUCUUGAUCAGAGGCAGAGGCCUUCUCAGGAGUUGGACGCCUCAAAUGAGAAACCAACAUAA